AUGCAUGGUAUUGCUCUGACCCCCGGGAGCAACUUGUGGUUCACUAUCUUGCCCAAGGACACUUGGUUAUUUGGACUGAGGAGACCGGGAAUAGAACCGUCAACACCCUGUGCCCCAGAACCACGGCUACUCCAUACAGAGGCGAAAAGUGGAUUUGAGGGAUCUGCUGGCUGUGUCAGUAGAGGCUGCAGUACUAGGUGGCAAAGAGGUGAAGAAGUGCGUGAUGAAAAUAGUCUGAAGGAAAAGUCAAAGGGCAAGACAAGGGUGGGAGAUAGUGAGCUGCUGACCAUGGGUGACCUGCAGUCACACAGAAAGAUGUUUAACCUCAUAAAGAACACCUUCCCUGAAAUCAUGGUGAACAGUGAGGAACAUGACAAUGUAGUUGAUAAGGCAGCAACCUGGAGCCAGGACAUUCCAGCAGACAUAUACAAGAUACCAGCAGGCAAGGAUGUACCUGCUGAGAGCAUCACAGUGUGGAUUGAUCCUCUAGAUGCUACGCAGGAAUAUACAGAGAACCUUGUGAAGUAUGUGACCACAAUGGUGUGUGUGGCUGUAGAUGGUAAACCAGUCAUUGGGGUCAUACAUCAGCCAUUCACUGGGUUCACUGCCUGGGCAUUUGUGGGUGUGGGAUCAAAUAUGCGUCCCCGCUCAUCAUACAGUGUUAGCCCUCCAAAAGUGAUUGUGUCACGUUCCCAUUCUGGAAAAGUUAAAAGUUUUGUUCAUGAUGCUUUUGGAAACAGCACAACAAUUGUAGAAGCAGGUGGAGCAGGAUAUAAGGUUUUGUCACUCUUGGAGAUGCCUGCAGAUACUAUAGACCAGGCAGAUGUUUACAUUCACAUCAGGUUCAUUAAGAAAUGGGACAUUUGUGCUGGUGCAGCACUACUCAAUCAUAUGGGAGGCCACAUGACAACCCUAAAGGGAGAGGACAUUGACUACAGUGGAACACCAAUUAACAAAGGAGGACUGGUGGUCAGUGUGGGUGUGGACCAUAAAGCCAUGCUGGAGAGAUUACCAAACUGGGACCCUGAGAAGCACUGAAAAACACAAACACAGAGUCAGUGUGCAUACACAUGCUCAUGAUGAACACUGGACAACAGUUGCCAUCGUUGGAUCCCCUCCAUUCAUCUUCAGAGGGCAGCAGGAUGACUGUAAAGUGAAAUGAUAAACUGAUGAGCACAAUACUGAACAUUACAAGAAAUCCUGUCUAGUUACUGACUUACAUCAUCUUCAUUCCCAUCUUUUUCACAUGGUAUUUAUACAAUCAGUUUAGCUCAAUUACUGAAACAACCACAUAUUAUUUGAGACUGGACUGAGACUCGCUCUGAGAGGGAACAAAAAGGCUCUGUAUCCUAAACAGCCACUGGGUUAUUGGCCACUAGGAGCUACUUCAACAACAAAUCCUAUAAUAACCAACGUGUUACCCCACAACAAUUCAUUUUACCCGGUCUGCUUUUGCAUAGUCAUCUAGUGUGGCAAAGAGAGAGAGAAUUUGCCUUUGGAUUGACAGUGAACACUGACAGUGGGGCAUCAGCUCCAUGGCACUUUCUGGUGUCAUUUAUUGUAGUUGCUAGUCUCUUAAACUCUGGGUCAGGACUCAAGUGGUACAUGUAUAUUUUAAAGAGACUUGAGAGUCAGUGUAUUUGCAUUGAAUUGGUCGUUGCUUUAAAAUGGUUAAUUUAAUUUCUGUUUGAAUGUGAGUUUGAGGUAGUGUUUGCAAAAAGAUGAAGCACUAAAAUUUUGUAAAAUAAUUAAUAAGAAUACAUUUUUACAGAUUACAUUAGUUCCCAGGGCAUGCCUAGGCCCAGAGAGGAUCAGAUUUGCUAAGUUACUAGUUUUGCCCAAAUAUGUGGUAGCCAAACAGGAAAAAUGUUUUAUUAGAAUUUCAAAAGCAUUAAAUGGUAAAAUGUAAAAAGUUAUUUAUUUUCCCAGUUUACUAGGGACGGCAUAAUGUUUUUCUCAGUAUAAUUCAAUAGAAGAUAUAGGGUUUAUAAAUCUAUUGAAUCACUACAUAUAAAUUCAGUGACAACAGUGUAUGACUGCAGAAUACUUAAAACCUAGUUAGACAAUACUGGUAUGACUCCUUCCUGUCCAAACCUUUUGUGCAACUAAGGUAUUGGGUGCUAUCACAACCUGCAAAAUAUAACCCACAGAAAUUACAUCCUGCUAUUUUGUCAGUUUUAGAUUAGCAGUAGACUGAACUGCACUGACUGUGUUGAAGUACAUAUGUACUUGCAUGGUUUUAUUAUCUAACACUUUUCACCAAAAUGAAAAUGUCUUUGGCUCAAUCAGCAUCUGUUUCUGGGGACUGCUGUAGUUUAUAUGCUGUUUGCUGUUAGUAAGUGUUUAAAGUUUUACAUCCAGUACUUUCAUUUUGUGCAACAGACGCUGACCUGAAGUUUGAAUUUUACAUUUGCUGAAUGUUUGUUAAAUGAAGAAAAAAUGCUUUCAUGUCAUUUUCUUGGAGAUGCAAGUGACUUGUAUUAUGUUCCGUUUGUUUCAUCACCCUUUGUGUUGUUAAACUUGUAUGAGUUAAAAAAUGGGUCUAGAGGGUUACAAGUUAAAAGUUCUUAUACUGUAUGUUCUGCCACAAACGUAAGAUAAAAAUAGAUGAUUAUCAUAAACUUUUGUAAAGUUAAAGGCCUAUCUGGAUGAUGAUGAUGGUGGUGGUGAUAUCAAAAAGGAGACAGCUGGACUCAAAGAGACAAGAGACACCUGCUGUCAGUCCUACACCUGUUGGACUCUCACUUGAUUCAUUUCAGUUUUAUGAUUUCAUUGAUCUGCACAGGACAACAUUGUUGAUGGGUGACGAAGAGGUGCAUCCCAGUUCUCUUAACUGAUCAUUCCUUACUUCUCAACCCUUUCUUGACCCAGAAGUUGUACCGCUGCACCAUCUUCUAGGAUGUUUCAGUUCUCUUGCUGAUGUUGGGAGGAGUGAGGAGGCUGCUUAGACAAGACAUGAGUGAGAGACCAUCCUUUGUGGAAGUCUUUUAUGGACUGACGCACCUGUUUAUCACUUAGUGAUUGUAUGCUUCAGGUUAGGGAGUGGAGGAAAGGAUAUCUCAUGUCUCAAGAUAUUUUUGGUUUCUUUUUCCAUGCAUGUGUGAGGGACUUGGAUGCAAGGAAAAGACAAGUGAGGGAAAUGUGGAUACAGGUAAAGGAAUUGAGAUGUACCCUUUGUUGUCCUCAGCACUCAGCAUGACUUUUGUAAAUGCUGCUAUGCUAACACUGAUUGAUAUGCAAGGCUAUAGCAAUGGAACUAGUACUGUAUUACAGUGACAUGGUCAUCACACGGGUCAUAUUGUUUGAAUGGACAUUUGAAAACAAUACACUUCCUUAACUUGGGUUUUGGCUAACUGUGUAAUGAAUUUAAAAAAAUGUUUGAGUAAGAAAUAAUGAUUAAAGGGGUACUCCUGUGA